CGUCAUUCCAUCUUUCUUCUGCGUUUGGCAUUCGUUACUGAAGGUCGUGUGUAGACCUUAGUUUUAGUUUAUUGUUAAUUUAAGUCUAUUCAUAAGUCAUGGCUAAUAUCGUUAACUUUGCACAAGACGUUACUGAAAAUCAAGUAAAUGGAAACGCGGAAAACGGUGGAGGUGAUGGUGGAUUAGAACAAAACAGUGCCGAUGCCCCUGGGCGUGAUGACGACAGAAAACUAUUUGUCGGAGGAUUGAGCUGGGAAACAACAGACAAGGAAUUACGUGAACACUUCAGCGCCUAUGGCGAAAUUGAAAGCAUCAAUGUCAAGACUGACCCCAAUACUGGCAGAUCACGGGGUUUCGCCUUCAUUGUGUUCAAAAGCUCAGACUCCAUCGACAAGGUCAUGGCCGCAGGGGAUCACACCAUCAACAACAAGAAAGUCGAUCCAAAGAAAGCUAAAGCCCGAUAUGGAAAAAUCUUUGUCGGAGGACUCAGCAGCGAAAUCUCAGAUGAUGAGAUAAAGAACUUCUUUGGCAAUUUUGGCACGAUAGUGGAGGUUGAGAUGCCAUUCGAUAAAACAAAGAAUCAAAGGAAAGGCUUCUGUUUCAUCACAUUUGAGUCUGAGCAGGUGGUCAAUGAACUUCUCAAGACUCCCAAACAGACCAUUGCUGGCAAAGAGGUCGACGUAAAGAGAGCGACGCCGAAGCCGGACGGCCCCGGCGCGAUGGGCGCGCGCGGCGGCCGCGGGGGGCGCGGGGCGCGCGGCGGGCGCGGCGGCCGCGGCGGCUACGGCGGCCAGGCCUGGGGCAACCAGGGCUACGGCGGCUACGGCUACGGCCAGGGCGGCUAUGGCGGCGGCUACGACGGCUACGGGGGCUACGGAGGCUACGGCUAUGAUGGCUAUGGCGGCUACGGCGGUUACGAUUACUCCGGAUACCCGAAUUACGACUACGGCGGGUACGGAGGGUACGAGGGAGGCUACGGCGCGCGCGCGGCUCCUCGCGGGAAAGGGUCGAACUCGGCGGCGGGCUACCAGGGCGGCAAGCAGCGCGGCGGCGGCGGCGGCCGCGCCAACCAGAGGCACCAGCCCUACUAACGUACCUGCGACACGAUAGUCAUCUCACUCCAUUAAGGUUAAGUCCAGCGGAGAUGAGCGCGGCUCGCGCCGGCGCGCGGGACGCCUCAUUCCAUUCCACAUAAUUAAUUUAAGAAAACUAAAUAAGAAGAUUUUUUAAGUCUAAAAGUACGUCGCUUAGACGUGGCCGCGUCCUGGUCCUUUCAUAAAUUUAAUAUAAUAUAGUAUGGAUUUAAUAGAUUACUUGAGUAUUAUUGAAUAGAUUCAAUUUUGACAUUAUAGUAACAGAAUCACCUUUGAACUGAUUGUAGAGUAAUGAUUAAUAACAGAGCUUAAUGAAUACAACAAUCCCUUUGGCGCGCGAGUGUGUGUGUAGCGUACGUGGUGUUUGUCUGUGAGCGUGUCCGAAGCCGCCCCCUUCUGGAAGUUCUGGAUCUCAAACAUGUUGUAGAUUUGUAUUUUUUAUUUGGUAAUCGAACAAAGAAAAUCUGAAUCAUGUAUUUUGUAUGGUAUAGUGUUUCUUCCAAAUCGUAGGGAUGAAAUUAGUGUAAGUGCUCAGACAUGAACAAACUCUGGAGAUAUACAAAGUUAUGUAUGUCUAAUAAAACAAUGUGUAAAUAAAA